AUGAUUAAUGAUCAAACAAAAAUCAAUGGUUUUAUACUUAAUUCGGUUUCUCUUGGAUUUAAUAUAUUUGCAUGUUUGAUAUCAUGUAUAAUUUUUUUUCUUAUUCUAUAUCAUCUUUAUUAUAAUCAUGUAAAACGUGAAGAUAAAAUAAGCGUUGUUCUUUGUGGUCAUAUCUAUUUGGAAAUUUUAAUCUAUUCAUUAACGUUAUCAUCAAUGAAUAUUCGAUCAAUGUUGGGUCAUUUAUAUAAUCAAUCUUUUAAUUCAUCAUCGUGUAUUUUUUCAGGAUAUUUGGCUAUUAUAUUACUUGGUAUGUUAUACUUGAAUUUUCUAAAUCAGGCAUUCUAUCGUCUUAUUCGAAUUGUUUAUUCUCAAAAUCGAUGGUUUCAAUCUUUAAAAUUAUAUGUAAUUUUACCAAUGAUAGAAAUAAUAAUGUUAACAUGUAUUCUUCUACCUUUGAAUGGUGUAACAUAUUUACCAAAUGAUCAUUUUUGUUAUCCAACAUUGACAAAUAUUCCUAGUAUUCUUUCAACAGCAUUUGUUGUUUAUAUAGGUCCAUUUUGUUGUAUAACAUUUAUUUAUAUGCAUAUAACAAGAUUUAUUCAUCAACAAGGAAAUAUUCAAACAUUAGUAAUUAAACAACGACAAUCUCGAGAUUUACUUAUUCUUCGACGUAUUUUAAUAAUAGUUAAUUUAUUACUUAUUCUUGGAAUACCUGGAAUGUCUCUUAUAAUUAUGUUUAUAAUAACAGGUGAAGAGAAUCCAUUACUUGCUCGAAUUGUAUUGUUUCCAGUUAGCAUAUCUCAAAUGGGAUUGAGUGUAGCAUUACUUUUUUCAAUUCCACAAUUGAAAAAUAUUGUUUUAAACUUACGACCAACAAACACAGUGAUGCCUGUCAAUCAAACCGUGCGAGGUACAGUACAUAUAAAAACGAUUACUGGUACUCAAUAG